AUGGCAUUUCAUCUUCAAAAUGAAAAUCUCAGACACCAGCAACCCCUGGUUCGUCUCGACUCCCUCGCACUUCACGAAGAAAGGCAUGCCAAAAAUGUGUUGCUGGUUCGGGCGUGGUUGACUCGGAUUCCUGGGUGCGAAUCAUUGAUUCUCGUGACGAUGCGAAAGGAGAUGAAUAUUGAAACCCAGGAUGCCCUUCGAAGCGACUUUGAUAGCCUAUGUUCAUUCCAGGCGUAUCUCAUCUACUCCAUGACGAUCCAUUUAUUUCCUCAAACUGCUUUCCGAUCCGCCAGAGCAGGUCUCACCUGCAGAGCAGAAGAAUCCCACACUCGGCCGACCUGGGAGUCAUGGAUCGUCGCCUGCGCCAAGCGUCGUACCCUUUUUACCAUGUAUCUCUUCAAGAAUGUCUACAAUACGCAAGUCGGACUACCGAAUUUUGUUGCUGAAGAACGGAGAGUGACCCUGGCACCGGGAAGCAAAAUGCUCUGGGAAGCUUCAGACCGCGCCGUUUGGGAAAGAGAAUACAACCGGCACUUGUCUCGCUGGGAGGAUGGGAUGCUCGAGAUAUCGGAGCUGUGGAGGUCUGCUGAGACUGGAACAGAGGCACGGCGGGAGAAGAUUGAACGGUGGUUGCAAUCUGCUGAUGAGUUUGGGAUGAUGUUUUUCAUUUCUGUUUGUGCAUAUCCAUGGGUGCUAGUCUCAUCUUCUCCGAGCCUAAUUCAAGAAAAGGCAAAUACAGAACAAGGAUACAAGUUACUAUGA